ACUGACUUUGUGGGGUCUUACUACUUGCCAAUAUUUUAUUUUUAUAUAAAUAUAUAUACAUAUUUAUAGGCAUAUUUAGAUUGCACCAUUCAGUGUGUAGCAUUCUUAAUGCAACUAAAGGCAAUGGCUUCUUUACAAAGAGUAAUGAGUUUGAUAAUAACUACACUUUGUUAUUAUGCUCUUGUUACUUCUGUUCAAUCAGCUCAAACCCACUUGGAAACCGAAGUUGAGGCCUUAAAAGCCUUCAAAAGCUCCAUCACCAGUGACCCAGUUGGAGCUCUAGCAGAUUGGAAAGAUGUAAGCCACCAUUGCAACUGGUCUGGCAUUGCCUGCGAUCCCAUAUCGAAUCAUGUUGUUUCGAUUUCUCUGGUUGAUAAGCAGCUCAAAGGCCAGAUAUCUCCUUUCCUUGGCAACCUUUCAAGCCUCCAGGUUCUUGAUUUAACUCAAAAUUCAUUCACAGGCUCUAUACCAGCUCAACUGGGAUUUUGCUCUCAACUUUCUCAGCUAAUUCUGUAUUAUAAUGCUCUUUCUGAUUAUAUCCCACCACAGUUAGGAAACCUGAAAAAUCUGCAGUCUCUAGAUUUAGGUACAAAUUAUCUUAGUGGAAGUAUCCCCGAGAGCAUAUGCAACUGUACUACUUUGCUAGCUUUUAGUGUCAGUUUGAAUAAUCUCACAGGAACAGUCCCUCAUUGUAUCGGCGAGUUAGGAGCUUUACAACUUCUUGACUUGAGCCAAAACAAGUUGUCUGGAGUGCUGCCAUUGGAGAUUGGUAACCUGUCAAAUUUAGAGUACUUAGAGCUGUUUGAGAAUUCUUUCCAUGGAGAAAUACCACCCGAAAUAGGACGUUGUAAGAAGCUGGUUUUUCUUGAACUAAAUACCAAUAAGUUAACUGGAGGCAUUCCUUCAGAGAUUGGUGAGUUGGUUCAUCUAGAGGCAUUGCAGCUAUAUGGAAAUAGGUUGAAUUCUACCAUCCCAGUUUCAUUGUUUUGGUUAAAAUCGUUGAUCAAGUUAGGACUCUCACGGAAUGAGUUGACUGGAACUAUUCCAUCUGAGCUAGAACAUCUAAGAUCUUUACAAAUAUUGACCCUCCAUUCCAAUAAGUUUAGAGGGAGAAUACCACCUUCAUUGACAAACUUGAAAAAUCUGACAUACUUGAGUAUGGGCAACAAUUUCCUUACCGGAGAGCUUCCAUCAAAUAUAGGAUUGCUUCAUAAUCUGAAGAACUUGAGCAUGCCUGUCAACCUCCUUGAGGGAUCAAUUCCAUCUAGUAUAACCAAUUGUACUCAACUUCUAGGCAUAGAUUUGGCAAACAAUAGUCUGACUGGAGAAAUUCCACAAGGCUUGGGACAGUUGAGAAAUCUCACUUACCUGAUUUUGGAAAAUAAUAAAAUGAAUGGAGAAGUCCCAGAUGACCUCUUUGAUUGCUCAAAUCUUGUGAAGUUAACUUUGUCAGGGAAUAAUUUUAGUGGAUCAUUAAAACCAGAUAUUGGCAAACUCUUCAAUCUCCAGCUAUUCCAUGCUUCCUCAAAUUCCUUUAUUGGACAAAUUCCACCAGAGAUUGGUAACUUAACCAACCUUUUUUCCCUGAUACUUGCUGAUAAUAGUUUUUCAGGACAACUUCCACCAGAGUUUUUUAAGCUCACUCAACUCCAAGGUGUCUCUCUCCGUGACAAUGCUUUAGAAGGUGGCAUCCCAAAGCAAUUUUCUGAGCUGAAACAGCUUGCUAUACUCGUUUUGCAGCGCAACAGAUUUACAGGUCCAAUUCCAGAUGCCAUCUCAAGACUUGAGUGGCUUACAGAAUUAUAUCUUCAUGAAAACAUGCUCAACGGAUCAAUUCCUAGAAGCCUAGGAAGUCAUGGUCGACUUUCAGUUUUGGAUCUCUCUCACAACCAUUUCUCGGGAUCAAUUCCCACGUCUCUGAUCACGAAUCUAAAAGGCAUGCAAAUGUAUUUGAAUCUUUCAUUCAAUCACCUGGAAGGAAGCGUUCCACAAGAGCUUGGCAUGUUGGAAAUGGUGCAGGAAAUUGACAUGUCGAAUAACAAACUUACCGGGAUCAUUCCCAACUCCAUCAAAGGAUGCAAGAAUUUAGUUUCACUUGAUCUGUCAAGCAACAAUCUCACAGGUCCAAUUCCAGGGGAAGCUUUUGCUGGAAUAGACAUGCUUACCAACUUGAACCUUUCAAGUAAUAGCUUGAAUGGAGAACUGCCUGAAAACUUGGCCAGCUUGAAGCACCUUAAAUCUCUUGACCUUUCUCAUAAUCAGCUCAAGGGAAACAUCCCCUCAAGUUUUUCCAACUUUUCCACCUUCAUACACUUGAACCUGUCUUACAACCAACUUGCAGGCAAAGUUCCAGAGACUGGGAUUUUCAAAAGCUUAAAUGCAUCCAGUUUGGCAGGGAACUCAAACCUUUGUGGAGCUAGAGUUCUUAAAGCGUGCAGCCAGACCGGUUCACACCAGUCAUCAAAGAAAACUGUGGUGAUUCUCGUUGCUGCACUUGGCUCUGUUGCUCUACUUUUCUUUCUCGUGUUAGCUGCUCUAUUCCUUGUUCGACGUGCAAAGAUGCAUAAAGCCACAAAAGUUGAAAAUCCAGAAGCAGAUUACACUUUGGUGUUGCCCCUCGAGAGGUACAACCGAAAGGAUAUAGAAUUAGCUACGAGUUUCUUCAGUGAAGACAACGUGAUAGGUUCCAGCAGUUUGAGCACUGUCUACAAGGGCCAAAUGGAAGAUGGAAAGAUUGCUGCUAUAAAGAGCUUGAACCUGAAGCAGUUCUCUGUAGAGUCAGAUAAGUGGUUCUACAGAGAAAUGAAGACUUUGAUCAAACUGAGACAUAGGAAUCUGGUGAAGAUACUUGGAUAUGCUUGGGAGAGUGAAAAAUUGAAGGCCUUAGUUUUGGAAUACAUGGAAAAUGGGAACUUGGACAGCAUCAUUCACAACCAUAGGGUGGAUCAACAAAGAUGGACACUAUCAGAGAGAAUCAAUGUUUGCACUUCAAUUGCUAGUGUAUUGGAGUACUUACAUUCAGGCCAUGAUUUUCCCAUUGUUCACUGUGAUUUGAAACCUUCUAACAUCCUCUUGGAUGGAAAUUGGGUGGCCCAUGUGAGUGAUUUCGGAACUGCUCGAAUUCUUGGUGUUCAUCAGCAGAAUGGGAAUGUCUCAUCAUCAUCAGCAUUCGAAGGCACUGUUGGGUACAUGGCACCAGAAUUCGCAUACAUGAGUAAAGUCACAACAAAGGUGGAUGUGUUCAGCUUUGGCAUAAUUGUGAUGGAGUUUUUGACAAAGCAAAGGCCAACUGGAUUUAUCGAAGAGAGUGGGAUACCUAUCAGUCUGCGACAACUAGUGGAGAAAGCCCUUGAAAAUGGAAGAGAUAAGCUGCUUCAAAUUCUAGACCCAGAGCUGGUUUUGAAUGUCUCCAAACAAGAGAAGGAAAUACUAGAAGAGCUGCUGAAGCUAGCCUUGCUCUGCACCGACUCAAAUCCUGAAAAUCGUCCCAACAUGAAAGAUGUUGUGACAACCCUUUCAAAGCUAUGAAGGGUAUGUGAAAAUAGUGAUAACCAGCCAUAAGGUGGAAUCAUUCUUGAAUGUUUAUUAGUAAAAAAAAAAGUGUCUUUUUUUAUUGCUUUUCCUAAUGUUGGAUUGAUAUUACCUCGAGAGAAGCUUGAAAACAUAGGAUUCAAACUUUGUGCUCUUAGCUCAGAGGUAUAGAAAAAGAGACUGGCAAUCAUUUUGUAGACUCUACAUGUAAUACCUGUCCCUGAGAUUGCAAAUGUGAAGUUACAAUCCAAUUAAUCUUCACGAUUUAUAAUACUGCCUUUUUAUCAA